AUGUUCGUUGACGACGUCGUUCUGCGUGCGGCGGCACCUCCCGCUGUGCGCGUGCCCACACUAGAGCCGUCGACAUCGUCCUUCGCCACCACCCGCAUGCUCCGGAGCAAUGUGCAACACCAGCGUAAGCAGCAGCAGCAGCAGCAGCCACAUCGGUCCACACUUAGGGACCACUACCAGGCAAGGCAGCUGGGGCUCGCGCAACAGAACCCCCACCACGCCGAUCCCUUGGAGGAGAUGGAGAACACCACGAAUGACGUUCACAUUGAGGAGCUUAUACGUGGCAUCAAGGAGACAAGUGCCGCUGCCACCGCCGCGAUUGAGGAAAUCACCGGUGGAUCGCCUCCUCCGCGCCCAGUAACGCCAUCGUUGCAGCAGACACCACCGGAGCAGCUCCAUUUUCGGAGCGCGUCGCCAGAACGCACAAAUUACGUGCGCUCGUCAUCCGCGACGAGGCCCAGGCGAGACGGCUCACCGGCACGUCCUGCAUGGAACCAAAACCGUCCAACGCCUCGCGUACGGCCUACCGUCAGCGCCCCACGAACGGAGCCACGCCGAGUGACACGCGAGGCCAGUGCUGAUAGUCGCAGCCGCCCGUGGCUUGAAGGCGUGCAGCGCACAAACAGUUUGAAGGGUCAGUUGAGCGGCGAUAAUGGCGUGAAAACCAACAGCGGNGCCCGUGGCUUGAAGGCGUGCAGCGCACAAACAGUUUGA